CAUGUGGACCCGCCUCGGUCUUCCCCUCCGGCCUCCGCGCAACCACAGCAAUGGCCAUGGUCUUCCCCUCCACGCAACCAGCAACCGCCAUGCCCCUCGGUCUUCCCCUCCGUCCUCUGCGCAACCGCCAUGGUUUUCCCCUCCGCGCAACCACAGCAACCGCCAUGCCCCUACCUCGCACCAUCCGCCAUGCCUUCGCCUCGCAGGAUCCGCCAUGCCAGCGUCUCGGCUUCUCCUCCGUUCAGCCGCCCGACCCGCCGCCUUCCCCUCCGCAAAACAGCCAUGUCCCCGCCUCGGCUAACCCUAUGCGCAGAUCCACAGCCGCCCGACCCGCCAGGACCUGCCUCUCCUUCCCCUCCGCGCUCAAACAACCAAGCCGAGCCGAGGAAAUGCGCCCACAAAUUUGGACGCUCCGCGCAGCCACACGAACUGCCAUGCAACCACCUCGCACGAUCCGUCAUGCCCCCGCCUCGCACGAUCCGCCGUGCCAGCGCCUCGGCUUCCCCUUCGUGCAACCGCCCGACCCGCCAGGACCCUGUCUCUCCUUCCCCUCCGCGCUCGGCUUGGCCCACAAAUUUGGAAAUGCACCCACAAAUUUGGAAGCCACGGCAAUGGCGCCCGAUUUGGCUAUGGCGUCGCUGAUUUGGAAAUCGCACAAUCUACGUCGCCGAUUUGGAAAGCACGAUCUCGGUACCGCAAUCACAACAACUAUCCCCCAAAUGUCGCGCCCACCCACGUCCAGCUGACUUAGGAGGGUCCAAGCAGGAGCCUACUCCUCAUUUGCCCCUGUUCAGAGAUUUCCUUAUGUGAAAACGAAGAACCAACAUAAACGAAUCUAAUGGAGCAUAAUGCUGAUCGCACACCAUUAAUAGACAUCUCAAACACAAGCGUUACAGGUGAUCAAAUAGGAUCAAACUCGCUUGGACCAAUAGACGAUGCUAAUGAACGUAAGAGGCAAAGGGAUAGAGAAAGAUAUGCCACGAUGUCCAUUGAACAAAAGAAUGAGAAAAAUAGGAAGCGCCGUGAAGCACGUCAACGAAACAAAGGACUACCCCUAAAGUCUGAGUCAUCUAGAGGUCCUAUUAAAAACACUCCAUUGGCUGGUAAUUCUAUCGAACGAAAGAGGCAAAGGGAUAGAGAAAGGCGUGCAACAAUGUCGGUUGAACAAAGGAAUGAGUACAAUAACAAGCGUCGUCAAAUGCGUCAACGAAAUAAGGGACAAAAUGUGAUGCCCGAUGUUUCAGGAGAUGGCGACAAAAAAGAAAAUGUGGAUCCAGAUGAUGAUAGCGACUGGCUGCAUCGGAACGAGACAUUCCAGUCAAACGACUAUGUCGCAACGACAGACCUUCUGCCACCAGGCAGUGUGCAUGAAUCUGUUGGUGUCAUUGGGGAACCGAGUAUCGGCGUUAGGGAGUAUAGGCUUGAACGCCUUAGGUUGUAUAAUCAAACACCAAAGCGAAAAGAGGCAAAGAUAGAGUACAUGAGAAAACGUAGAGUGCUACAGGCUGACACUCUGAAUGUUGCGUCCAUCGCCAUGGAGGACCCAACAUAUACCCCUGAGGUUGUGCACCCUGCAACGGAACCUUCAACAGUUACCACCUGCGACUGGGUUAUCCCUGAAUUCAUUAGGACACCUUUCCUACCAGCUCAAACACAGACCGAGGAUGUCGGUUCAUUCGAUAUGUCUACUGAAGCAAUAAGACAUAAACAUCAUGUGCCGCGUGGGGAAAGACAAGCUAUCUUAGCCCGUCGAAACAAACAAUUUCAAGCAUCCAUUGCAAGGAACGUGACUACUUUGAAUGGGGAUACUAUCGGUGACGCCAACAACAAUGCACAAUGUAGCGUUCCAUGCCAAGCCGCUACCUUGCCAACAAAUGGAAGUGAAGGCAUAACCGAACAAGGAAAUGAGGUGGAGCAUACACAAGAGAAGCCAACGGUCAUUUCCAAUGAUGAUGAUGAUGAUGAUGAGGCUGUCAUAUUCGAAGAAGAUGAUGACAACGACGAGGGAUACAUAUUCGCUGGCCAAUGUACUUAUGUCAAUUUUUAUUAUGAUUAUGAUACCAAGGCUUAUAUAAAUACACAUGUCUUAGUCGUUGUUUUCCAAAAAAUAUCAGACGAGGAGACUGACGAGGACAUCGAAAUCGAUGGUACUCAGGAUGAAUCUACUGGCACUGAUGUGCCUGACCCGUACGACAAGGUAUACAGUAACCUCCCUGAAGAAACACAUAUGCUGAAGCCUGUUCCUGACUGCGGUUAUUGCACUGCGAAGAAGUUUGAGUACGAGCCACCUGGGUUUUGCUGUCGUGGUGGGAAGGUUGAGCUAGCACCACUCGAUACCCCUCCCCAGCUCAGGAGGUUGUGGGAUAGUGCAGACUCUGAUGCUAAGCACUUUCGUGAUAACAUUAGGUUUUUUAAUGGCCAUUUCUCUUUCACUUCCCUAUACUGUUGCCUCGAUAGUAUGACAACUAAUGUGCGAGAUUCUGGUAUAUACACGUUCCGGGCACAAGGCAUGAUGUACCACAAUAUCAAGUCAUUCGGUAAGGAAGGUGGGUCGGAGCAUAAACAUCUAGAGCUUUACUUUUACGAUGACGAUCCCAGUCUCGAGCAUCGGUACCGUAAGUGUCGUGAAGAACAGCUUCAGAAAGACAAAGAUGUUAUUAAACAGAUAGUUGGCAUACUCCAUGGAAACCCGUACUCCGAGCACCUUAGGAGCAUGGGCCAUGUUGAGAACCUUGAUGACUAUCAUAUCGCAUUGAACCUUGACCAGACUUUGAACCAGAAGACAUAUAACACGCCUCUCACUUCGGAGGUGGCCGCUGUAUGGAUCGAGGGGAGCGAACGGCGAGGCCAGUUCAGCAAGAGUGUUAUGUUACAUGGGAAGGAUAGGUCAAGCCACGGCAUCCGCUCAUACCAUGGAUGCUACGAUGCACUAUCGUAUCCACUGUUCUUCCCUAAAGGUGAACUUGGAUGGCAUGCAAAUAUCCCAAAGGUUGGUGUAUCCAUGGAUGAAGUGGAUGCAUACCGUGCGACACAUAGGGCAAAUAAUUCAAACGAUGAAGAUGCAGGUUAGUUGUUUCUUUGUACUUUGCGAUUUUUGCACAUUAUUAACUAUUCUUUCAACAUCACUCACUUUUCAAUCCUUGCGUAUGCAGAAUCUCCUACCCAUUUAUGUGUGUCCGUACGUGACUACUACUGCUACAAAUUCCAGAUUCGUCCCGGGGUAUUUAAUCCAAUACUUCAUGGAAAGCG